CUUAAUAUGAUGUUCUUGAAAUACAGUUUUCCUUGAUUUUGGUACAGUUCUAACCUCUAGCCGAUCUCACAUUUCUUUUGUUAGGCGAUGGCUAGCCUCUUUGGAGCACUUCGCUCCACACUAGGAACCAAGCUUUUCAUCAGUGGUGCAGCAGGUGCAGCAACAUUGACAGCACUCCAGUCAGGGUGGCUCAAGGAUGCCAGAGCUGAGCAGGCCCCACCUGCAGGAGCCUUGGAUCCCAACGAGUGGAGGUCAUUCAAGGUUGUCUCAAAGGAUGUGAUCACCCACAACACCUCUCGACUAAGGUUUGCCACCCCGGACCCCAACCAGACAAGCGGCCUCUUUGUGGCUUCCUGCCUGCUUACACGCGCGCCGAUCGGCGCCAAGAAGGAGGAUGGAAAUCAGAAGUUUGUCAUCAGACCGUACACACCAACUUCUGCGCCCGAUCAGAAGGGUCAUUUUGAUCUGGUCGUCAAGGGGUAUCCGGACGGCAAAAUGUCAAAGCACAUAGUCAACCUCAACGUGGGGGACAGCUUGGAGUGCAAAGGGCCCAUCUCCAAGCUGCGCUAUAAACCCAACAUGAAGAAGAAGAUUGGCAUGAUUGCUGGGGGCACGGGGAUCACGCCUAUGCUGCAGGUGGCCAGCGAGGUUCUGCGCAACCCAGAUGACAAGACAGAGGUGUCUCUGGUAUUUGGCAAUGUUUCUGAGGACGACAUUUUGCUGAGGAAGGAGAUCGAUGAGAUGGCGAAGAAGCACAGCAACUUCAAGGUAUACUAUGUAGUGGACAAGCCAACGAGCUUCUUUUGGAGAGGGGGCAAGGGUUACAUCACUGAGGACACAGUGAAGAAGCACCUUCCCCCUCCAUCAGAUGUGAGUCUGAUCCUGGUGUGCGGACCACCUCCACUUAUGAAGGCAAUUUCUGGAGAUAAAGCAGAGGACAAAAGCCAGGGAGAGUUGACCGGCACCUUGAAGUCAAUUGGGUACACCUCCGACCAGGUGUACAAGUUUUAG